UGUGUCGUUCUCUGGCGCGCGCGCGGCUUACUGAACUCGAUUUUUUCUUUUUUUGUAUUUUAUCGUACCUAUAUCCACUCCGCACGCGCCUGUGGCUUGGUUUUCCCCCUGCUUCUGCUGCCGCUACUGCUGCUGCUGCCACAGGCCACUUGUGUGUGCCAUAAUAUAUAAGUGCUGUUGUGUAUGUUUUUAUGUUAGACUUCUGCCAGUGCACGCGGAUACUGCCCGCCCGCCACCGCCGACGAGACAGAUCGAACAGAAAUAUAAUGCAAAAGUAUGAGAAGUUGGAAAAAAUAGGAGAAGGUACUUAUGGCACGGUUUUCAAAGCUAAAAAUCUCGAGACCCAAGAGAUAGUCGCUCUCAAGAGGGUGCGCCUCGACGACGAUGACGAGGGUGUUCCGUCGUCCGCACUCAGGGAAAUAUGCUUGCUCAAAGAGCUGAAACACAAGAAUAUUGUUAGACUGUACGAUGUACUUCACAGCGAUAAAAAACUUACUCUAGUCUUCGAGCACUGCGAUCAAGAUCUUAAAAAGUAUUUUGAUAGUCUUUAUGGGGAAAUUGAUCCUGACGUUGUCAAGUCGUUUCUAUUUCAGUUACUUCGAGGUCUUGCAUUCUGCCACAGCAGGAAUGUUCUUCACAGAGAUCUUAAACCUCAAAAUCUUCUUAUUAAUAAGAAUGAUGAAUUAAAGUUAGCUGACUUUGGCUUAGCGAGAGCAUUUGGUAUCCCUGUUAAAUGUUAUUCAGCGGAAGUUGUUACAUUAUGGUACCGUCCUCCAGAUGUACUUUUUGGAGCUAAACUAUACACUACCUCAAUUGAUAUGUGGAGUGCAGGCUGUAUAUUUGCAGAAUUAUCCAAUUCAGGCAGACCUCUCUUUCCAGGCUCUGAUGGAGAUGAUCAAUUAAAAAGAAUAUUUAAAAUGUUAGGAACUCCCACUGAAGAAACUUGGCCAGACAUUUCAACUCUUCCAGAUUAUAGAGCUUUCCCUCAAUAUCAUUUAACACCUGGUCUCACACAAGCUUGUCCCAAACUAACAGCUAGAGGAAAAGAUUUACUUCAAAGAUUAUUAGUAUGUAAUCCAGCUCUUCGGUUAUCAGCUGAAGAAGCUAUGGCUCAUUCAUAUUUUAAUGACUUGGAUCCUGCCAUCAGAAAUGACAGAUGUCAAUAACAAUGUAAAGAUUUAGUUUUGUGGGACUAAAAAAUGACUAACUAAAAUUAUAUGUACAGAGAAGCAAUAAUUGCAGUGAUGAGUCCGCAUGUAGCAGAUAAAGCAGCUGCACUCAGAAGAAUCAGCUUGCUGGGUGUUAAAUAAAGCUGAGCUUUCCAUCUUGA